AUGAGAGGUCUUUACGCUGCUGAGUCGCAAGCAGUCUCGCCACUACUGUCGGUGCUCACUGGGGUGACAUUUGACGCUACUGCUCCGGGUGAGGAGUGUUGUGGGUCUCUUAACUUCGGGCAAGUGGUGUGGGAUCGCCGGAUUCACGAGGUAUCCGGCGUUCCUCCGCCGAUGCCCGAGUGCGUGAGACUAGGGUUUGGUCACGAUGAUCGCAUAACGUCACGACUGUUUCUAGCCGUAGCCUUGCAGACUGUGGAUCAGCUGAUGAAGAGCGAAGGGACAUUGUUUAGUCGGGAGCAGAUCCAGGUACUCAGUCGCGCUGUCCAUCCGACCGUGAGGCUGGACUUGGAAGGCGCGGCCAUGUACAAGGACGUGAAGAAGGCUGCCGACGAGGCUGAGAGAGUUCGCAUGGCGCAAGAGGUGUUGCUCAAGUUAGCCGAAACUGGCCAGUUGAGCGACGAAAUCACUCCGUUGAAGACGAAGACGAAGAGCAUGAGCGAGCUGCGCGAACUGUUGUUGAAGUCCUACAAUGCGCUUGAGCCCUCUGGCGACCACAAGUCACUCUUUUGGAAGGGCAUGUGUCGGCCUCUGAUUGCGAUGAGCUCGAAGAACCAGGUGGUCGUAGGGCCCGAGGAGAAGUUGGUAUGCGGACGUUGCGAACCCGGCCGGGUCGUGAGCCUGCCCGCAUGGAACAGUGUGAUCGAUACCGCAAUGAACAACAAAUAUCUCUGGCGCGGUGCAUCCUGGCGUGAUUUGGUGCCUGAGCACCUCCGACUCCCCCUCAAGGAAUGGGUAGCAGGUGGCGGAGCAUUCACACCGGGGGGAGAGUGGCCGGCAUGGGAAGAUAUGCGGUUCCUCUGGCCUCAGGAGGUCGAACGCGCGAAGGGGUGCAUCCAGACUGAAGCGAAGAAGCAAGGCGUGGAUAGUGACGAGUACCCGUGGGUGGGCGCGUUUCUGCCACGUGGUGAAUGCAUUUCCUAUGAAGAUGACAGGGCAAGGGACGGCAUCUAUGCCACCAUGCCUGAUCACCUUAGAUUCUGGCGCGUCGCUAACCUCGGCCACCUAAUCAAGUCAUACCGUUUCUCAGAAGAGGUCAUCGACAUGCUCGAGGCGGAUGCCACCCAGCUAAUCUCCAGCUCGGAAAAACGCAGGCCUCGCGUCAAGAGGGAUUACUACAUCGGCAGCUACGCACAGGCCUACGUUGUGCUCGAAGGCGCUGACAGUGCCGGAAGCUCCAGGCUGCGCCUUGCUUCUGUCCCCUACUGCCUCAUCGCGAAAGACUCGAAGGACGCUUUGGCUCGACAAAAGGCCUUCUGGGAGCAAGUAAAAAUUGAUGCAGGCUGUGCCGUGUCCAAGUAG